AUGCUUGAUAUUAUUCCUAGAUUAAGAGGAGGAGGAUGUGUAGCUACAUAAAAUCCUUAGAAUAAAGUAACAAAAUUAAAUAAUAAACUUCCAAUUAAUUUUUCCUCAAAUAUCAAAGAUCACACUAACAUUAUAUCUAAAAAAUCUUUAACUUUUUCUGAUAAAAUAAGUUAAGAUGAAAUACUGUCAUCAUUUUAAUGGUUUUACAAUCAUAAAGAAUACUUUUAAAUACUUUGUAAUGAUGAUUAAUUAAAUUAAAUAUUUUAUCAACUCAUUGAGAUAAGUGCUGAAUAAUUAUUAAAAUAGUUAGUAGUAUAUAUAAGACUUUCUGGGUUUUUAUUUUAUUAACUGCUAGAUAUUUGCAAUGAUCUAUUUAGAGUCAUAUUUUCUUAUUAAUUAAAGAAUGAGGAUAGAUAUAUGUAAGAAAGUUUAAAGCAAAAUCUGCUUGAAAUUAUAUCAGAAAUAGAAUCAUAAAUCAGUGUGGAAUCUAUAAAUAUAUGGAAAAAUGGAGUCGAAUUUGAACUUUAAUUGAUAAAGACAUGUAUUGCUCAUUGUAGAACUAAUUCUGAGAAGGAAAAAGAAUUAGUAAUUGCUAUAGUAUGUGGAGUAGCGAGUUCGAUUUCAUAGUUAUCCCCAAGUGCUGAAUUAAUUGAUGCUUUAAUAGAAGCAGGCAAAUAUUUACUUCUAAAUUUUUAUGAUAAGUAAAUUUAACAUCCACUUCAAAAAUAUGAAAAAGACUACUUUUUUGAAAAUUUAAAAUGGUCCAUAAUUAAUUAGGUUAUUCUGUUUAAAAAACAAUUAACACUGUGUUGGAUGGAUUUAAUUUAUAUAUAAAGCCAUCUAAAGAUUGGAUGA